AUGUUUUCUGUCGUUGCUUCUCUGCCGACGACGGCUCGAGGCGUGACGACGAGAAUUACAACAGGUUUACGUUUAAGAGGACGAGAAGAAGGAGAUGAUGUUGGAAGAAGACGACGACAACAACAACAACAAUGUUGUUCUUCUCUUUGUUUUUGUUGUUGUGGAGCAGACGGAGGAAAAACAUUUACGUCACCGGAUGAAAAAAAGCGUCCGACGAAGGGUCGUCGUCCCUUCCUUUCGUCGCCGCCGCAUUUGACGACGACAAAAACGACGAGAACGUCUUCUCGACGUGUGUUCGAUGUCUCCACCAAAGCCGUCGCGUACCCGAACGAACGAGAAGAUAAACAACAACAACAACAACAACAACACGAACGUGAACACCAUCAACAAUUGAUUAAAAAAGGCGACCGGAUUCCAACUUCUUCCUUGCAAUAUUUCGAUCACGAAGGCAACUUACAAUCGAUCGAGACGUCUCAGUUAUGCUCGAAAGGAAAAACGAUCGUCGUGUUCGCCGUGCCCGGGGCGUUCUUACCCACGUGCACGAAUAAGCAUUUACCAGGGUUUAUCGACUUAGCCGCGAAAAUGAAACAAGCCGGGUGCGAUCUUAUCGCGUGCGUGUCCGUGAACGACGCGUUCGUCAUGGACGCGUGGGGGAAGGCUGUCGGCGCCGCUCCCGUGCUGAUGUGCGGCGACGGUAGCGGCGACUUUACGAGAAAGUUAGGGUGCGAACUCGAUUUGAUGGAUAAAGGCUUAGGAGUGCGAAGUAGACGAUACGCGAUGAUCGUAAAAGACGGUAUCGUGGAGUACAUCGAAAUGGAGAGAGGCGGCGCGUUUACGAGAUCGAGAGCGGAGGACGUGUUACAGGUCUUGGAGGAGAUCAAAAGUUAG